GCCGCCCACCACGGCAGCAGUUUGGCGGGCGGCGAGGCGCUGCUGGGAGGCCUGAGGCGGCUGAGGCGGCGGUUGGAGGUGCUCGCGGAGAUACCUGUGCAUGUCGAUAUGUAUGUAGAUAAAAGAUAUUAAGGGGAGCCUAUAGUUGCCGUGUGCCAGGGCCACACCCUCAACUUUUGUCUUCUGAUCAAUGGCAGCGGCUUCUCCUUUUCCCCAGAUCUGCCAGGAUGUCUGGCCACAACUGGAGCCAGAAGACGCAAACCAGGAAGGAGGAAGAGGAGGAGGAGGAGGAAGAUCCUUUUGACCAGAUGAUCCAGCGUACGGGUUGCGCCACUUUCCACUACGCCGUGAUGGAGUGCAUGGCAGAGCACCAGGACUGGCGCAAGUGCCAGGAGCAAGUGCAGAGUUUUCGGACCUGCAUGGCGGAGCAUCAGAAGCAGCAAGCCGAGGAGGUCCGGAGGAGGCAGAAGCUGCACCAGGCUGCCAGCUGACCAAAGAGGAAGCAAGGGAGUGCUGGCCUGCUGGACUCCAGAGCUUCGGAGCAACCUGAGCCCAGCAGGGCUGGCGCUGGAUGAAGCCCUGGGCGCUUCAGAAAUCCAGGAAGAGCUACAUUUUGUAGACAAAAGAUGUGUAGACCGUCAGGCCCGCUAAUACAAAACUGGAGUGGCAUUCAUUCUUUCUUUUUCUGCUUUUAAUAGGAAAAAAAAUGCCUCCUGUCAGGAUAAAUAGAAGUUUUCUUUGUU